AUGGCGCUAGAUCUCGAUGAAGGCUAUGUGGCGCCUGGCCUAGCACAAGGUGGUGUCGAGACCUCUCUCCCCAUCUUCAACGUCGAACGAGUCCAGUUGCAGUUCAACAUCGCCUCGGAUUUUGUCGCAGGCCAGGUGGCCAAUAAUGUAUUGAUUCUGGCUCUCGCUACGGGGCGCAUUCUCCGCAUCGACUUAGAGAGCCCAUCAGACAUUGACGAUGUCGAUCUCCCCAAGAAGACAACUGAAGUCGGGCUAAUACGGCGCAUGUUCCUCGACCCCUCGGCAUCUCACCUCAUCAUCAGUACAACCCUAGGCGAGAACUUCUACCUCCACAGUCAGUCAAAGACACCCAGAGCGUUGUCGAGAUUAAAAGGCGUAUCUAUUGAGUCGAUCGCAUGGAACCCCUCCCAGCCGACGGCAUCGACGCGAGAGAUAUUGGUUGGCGCAGUGGAUGGAAACAUAUACGAGACAUACAUAGAGCCUGCAUCCGAAUUCUAUCGACGGGAAGAACGAUAUUCGGCCCAGGUAUGGAAGAUCCCGGACGGAGCGGUCACGGGCUUGUGGACGGAGACUGUGGAAGGUAGAGCUGAUAUGAGAAGGGUCAUUGUUGCGUCGCAUUCGAGGCUUUGUCACUGGAUAGGCAAAACAGGUGGUCGUGGGCGAGAAGGAUCCGCAUCUAUUUAUGCCGACUUGUUCUCUAAAGAGGCGCCUAUCACGCAUGACGCCCCUGGUGCAUCUGCUACGGCCCCAUCUUCUUUCUCAGUAUCUCCGGAGACGGCAGACUCCAGAGCUGGUUCCGAACGGAGCUUUGCAUGGCUCUACUCUCAGGGUGUCUUGACAGGCAAACUUCUCACCUCUCCGACCACUUCCAAUCUUGGUUCCAAAGUCUUCAAUGAGGCCAAACUUCAUCCUAGAGCAAUUUUUCCCGAGACUAUAUCCGCACGUGGCGGUCGCAAGCUUAUUCAGGACCCAAUUUCUUCUGUAGUACUGUCACAAUGGCAUGUACUGGCCCUUGCUGAGGGGCGCAUUGUUGCGGUCAACAGACUCGAUGGGAGUGUUGUCUAUGACCAGGUUGUGUUGGAGACAGGGCAGAGUGCACUUGGUCUUGUUGCAGAUCAAACGAAGAACACAUACUGGCUAUUCACAAACCAGGAGAUUUUCGAAGUAGUAGCCAAUGAUGAAGAGCGGGAUGUCUGGAAAGUUAUGCUCAAGAAUCAAGACUACGAUGCUGCAUUGAAAUACGCAAAAGAUGCAACCCAGAAGGACUCAGUGGCUACGGCUUCAGGAGAUUAUCUGUCAAGUAAAGGACAAUAUCUCGAGGCUGCAAGUAUAUGGGGCAAAAGCAGCAAAGCCUUCGAAGAGGUCUGCCUGUCGUUAAUUGACAAUGGGCAAGAAGAUGCACUCCGGAAAUACCUGACAACCAAGCUCGGAUCCUACAAAAAGUCAUCAUACAUGCAGAGAGUCAUGAUAGCAACCUGGCUUAUGCAGAUUUAUAUGGCCAAACUCAACGCACUCGACGACAUGGUUGCCACCAAGGCGGAACUGAUCGAGAACACGGAUGCAGGAGGGGCGAAAAGAGAGCUGGAAAAGACACGAGCCGAGUUUCAAGAGUUCGUCAACAAGCACAAGUCAGACCUUGAUGCCAAAACGACCUACGAAGUGAUCUCGAGUCAUGACAGAGAGGAAGAAUUGCUUUUUUUCGCCAACACAAUCACGGACUACGAUUUCGUCCUCUCAUACUGGGUGCAACGGGGACAGUGGACCGAGGCCCUUUCGGUGCUUAACAAGCAGAGCAAUCCAGAGACAUUUUAUCGAUAUAGCAAUGUGCUCAUGUCGCAUGUCGCAACCGGAUUGGUGGAGAUUCUGGUGAGGAGAAAUAAUAUUGACGCGCAGAAGAUGAUUCCUGCGCUGUUGACCUACAACGAAAAUGCCAAUGUGCCGCUGCCGCAGAAUCAGGCAGUGAGAUAUCUCAACUAUGUUGUUACGAACGAUUUCAGCGUCCCGGCUUCGGUCCACAACACUCUGAUCUCCAUCAUGGCAUCCCAUCCGUCGAAUUCGGAAACCGCGCUGCUGGGUUAUCUUGAAACUCAGCCCACUCCUCCCUUAUACGAUGCGGAUUUCGCAUUACGGUUAUGUAUUCAGCACAAUCGGGUACAGUCUUGUGUGCACAUAUACAGUACCAUGGGGCAAUACCAACAAGCAGUAGAACUUGCCCUUCAGCACGAUGAUGUCGAUCUGGCGGCCAUUGUCGCAGAUCGGCUAGAAGGGAACGACCAGACCCGAAAACGCCUGUGGUUAUUAAUUGCGGAGAAGAAGAUCAAAGAGGCAUCGUCGAUCAAAGAUGCCAUCAGUUUCUUGAAACAGUGCGACUUACUCAAGAUUGAAGAUCUCAUCCCAUUCUUCCCGGAUUUUGUGGUGAUUGAUGAUUUCAAAGAAGAGAUCUGCGAAGCGCUAGAAGAGUACUCCCGGCAUAUCGACAAUUUGAAACAGGAAAUGGAUAUUUCACAGCACACGGCCGAACAGAUCAAGGCCGAAAUAGCGGCAUUAGACCAUCGCUAUGCGAUCGUGGAGUCGGGCGAACGGUGCUGGAUCUGUACGUUACCGGUGCUCAGCCGACAGUUCUUCGUCUUCCCAUGUCAGCAUGCAUUCCACAGCGAUUGUUUGGGCAAACGUGUGUUGGAGAACUCCGGAAGCUCGAAACGAAAGCGCAUCAAAGACCUACAGACCGAGGUUAAUCAGGGACUUAGUAUUGGUCCACAACGAAUGAAGCUGGUUGCUGAGUUGGACGGGCUCGUCGCUGAGCAGUGUGUGCUAUGUGGAGAUCUGGGCAUUAAGCAGAUUGAUGAGCCUUUCAUCCAUGCAGGUGAUGAUGUGGAGGCCUGGGCUAUCUGA